AUGUAUUUGCAGACUGGAAACUACCUCUUGAAGUUGUUCCAGUCUGUUAAACAAGGAAAAGUCGUGGGUGGUAGAGUAGGCUAUUUGAAUGACUGCGCAAAGAUCCUACUUAAAAAAUCCAUGGCAAAUUCCGUGGAAUAUCUUUUCAAUCCUGAUUCUCAACUCGAGUCCUUAAGACACCGAUACCUUUACCUAAUAUCAAAUCUCUCCACUAGUCUUGAAUCAUCAUCUCGAGUUCAUCCCGACGGAUUUGAAGGAGCGAAAUCGGAACACAUGAUUGAUAUAAUAAAUGUUUCACGGGCUUAUUGUUAUUUGACAAUUAUAUCGAUCGCUCAUGAGGAAUUACCGUCUUUGAAGAACCAAUACCCGCGUCUUUACCCGGCAUUGAAAAAUCUCGUAUAUUUAUUCUUUGUCAAUACCGUUCUGACUCAAUCUGGAGAUUUUCUAGUUAGCGGCUACUAUAACUCCAAUCACAUUGGUCUUUUACAGAGAGCACAAAGAGAGCUAUUGAGGAAUAUUAGACCUGACGCUGUGGGGUUGGUGGAUGCGUGGGAAUUUAGUGAUAAUAGUUUGAACAGCGCGUUGGGAAAAAAGAAUGGAAAUGUAUAUGAAACGAUGUACGAGUGGGCGAAGAAGGAACCCUUGAAUCUGAAAAAGGAGAAGGGAAUAUACGUGGGGUAUAACGAAGUGCUAAAGGAUAUUUUGAAUGGAAAUUAUUUAAGAGAAAUUGGAUUAAGUCGGAAUGGUGGAAGUGAGAAGGCGAAAUUAUAA